AUGGCAGAGGCUACAACUGAAUUUGAACUGGCGCUGAAAUUCGUGCGGAGUAUAGAACUUCCACACCCAGACGGACAAUUGCUGGAAUGUUUCCUCCAAGACUCGGCAGACCCUGUGCAAGCCGCUCGCUACAUGCUCCAAAGAUGUUUUGUUGACGGCGGUGGUCUCGAUUUGGAAUCGUUUGUGUCUGAUUGGAAACAGUUGAUCAAUAUGUUUGCCCACAAAGGCCCGACCUACCAACUUCAUGACAAAGCCGUCAUUGCCAACAUCAUCGCAAGAGACCGUGGAAGGUGUUGCAUCACCGGACUAGGCAACUCUUUCUGGGAUCCGCUGGUCGUCGCUCCUAUACUGCCGGCAAAGAAGAUCCACGUGGAUGAGAAAUUGCAUGAAAUUUUUGGGGCUUUCGUCGGACCCGACCUGCGGGACUGGGUGCUGUCGAACGCGAACGCAACCUCAAAUCCCUAUCGGAACUAUUGGCUUGUCCGCAAAUCUGCGGCUGCAGCGUUUUCGGAAGGACUUUUUCAGUUCGCAAUCGGCAAAGGAUCCGAGUACCGUGUUACUGUUAUCAGAAUUGGGGGUCCAGCUUGGCCCCCCAUCAUCGAGAAGACCCCAGUGCUUCGGACUGACCAUUUUACAACCCAAUCCCUUUCCUGUGUGGAUUCUCCAGACGCUUUUGCAUUACAAAUCAUGUCACGAUUCGCGAAACCCAUUCGGUGGGCUCUGGUCUCGCGAGAGAUCGCAAGUAAAAUAUCUAACAGAGUCCCCAAUCUGCCGGCAGCUUCCCGAUGGUGCUGUUUCUCAGAAUGGGGUACUGCAGUCGUUCUGAUGGUUUGGCUGUUGGUGCCGGUCCUCAUCCGCGUAAGAGCGUAUCGUGGUCUCAUAUGUCUCGGGGCUCAUAUGUAUGGCCCAUCUUGUAGCCUCAAGGUUCAAAGACUUCCGCUUGGCAUGUACGUCAAGGUUGCGAGUAUGGAAUAUCACGACAGCUUGGCCAAUGAGUAUGCUGCGAUACAGCUCGUAAGGCGCCAUACAGAAAUACCAGUUCCUCGCGCAUUGGAUCUUGUAUCAGACUCGGACAAGUCUUAUCUUCUGACCACUAGAGUCAGUGGCAUCCGCCUUGGAAUGUGCAUUGAUACGCUCAGCGAUGACGAGGAGACGACUUUAGUUUGCGACCUACAGAGAAGCCUUGCGGAAUUGCGGGCGAUACCGAAGGUGGUUGCCCCUGAAUAUGCCAUAACCAAUGCACUUGGCAAGGCAUGUUAUGAUUACAGAAUCAUUGCGGGGUUGAAUAUUGACAGUGACGGACGAGAUUUCGUUGGACCAUUUGUUACCGAGGAGGAGUUUAACGACACCCUUCGCGUCGGCGCAUUGCCGCAUGUUUCGCAUCGCAGCGGGCAUCAAAUCGUGUUUACGCACGGGGAUCUGAAUAUGCGAAAUAUUUUGAUGCGUAAUGGGAGGCUUUCAGGAAUCGUCGAUUGGGAGAACUCGGGAUAG